AUGACAAAAAUACCCAUUAAUAUACCAGCAACUUCAGGAAAAAUUAAAUUUGGAAUUACUCCAUCAUCUAACAAAUCACCAUCAUUAUCUCCUUCUCCAUCAAAUGGUCAAUUAGGUGGAGGUAGAGGGUACAUAUUAGAACCAUAA